GCAAGUGUGUUGAAUGAGUUGGCAGGGACCUAUUCCAGAAAGGCCACUCCCGGCAUUGUCCUCAACUGGAGCCCUGGCCUACCUUUCACCAAGUUGCCCUUGACCCUCAGCCUGGUGGAGCUGACCGAGGAGAUCCUGAAGCUGCUGAUGGAGCUAGUCUUCCGCCUUGUGUGCAGUGGAGAGCUCAGCCUGGCCCGCGUGCUCCGGAAGAAUAUACUGGACAAGGUGGACCAGAAGAAGCUGCUCAGGUGUGCCCAUUCCGACCAGCCUCUGGCAGCCAGGGGUGUCGCAGCCAGGCCAGGGACCUUGCAUGAUUUCCACAGCCACGAGAUAGCAGAGCAGCUGACACUGCUGGACGCUGAGCUUUUCUACAAGAUAGAGAUCCCUGAAGUUUUGCUUUGGGCCAAAGAGCAGAAUGAGGAGAAGAGCCCCAAUCUGACCCAGUUCACGGAGCACUUCAACAACAUGUCCUACUGGUAAGAAGGGGCCACAGCACUUGCUCAGGUGGUCUGGGUGGGCCAGUCCAAGCUUC